AUGCCGAUGACGCUGACGCUGACGCUGCCGUUGACGGUGACGUUGACGCUAACACCGAUCGUGCAGCCCAGCAGAAUGGUCGGAACAAUGACGUUACGCAUGCGCAAAAACAACGGCCGCUACCGCAUGAGGGCGCGGUCGUCGAGCAUGGGAAGGGUAGAGGGCGCGCAGGUCGCUUCCAUGAUGGCGACGUGGGACAGCGAGCCGGAGAAGAGCGCCCUCCAGCGGAUCUCGCGAAGCUGCGAGAAUAUCGUCGCUCAGAUGCAGAUGACGGAAGGACGGAGAAGUCACGUUACCUUGCCAGACGAGAGAGUCCUGGACAUCUUGAUUCAGCCGAAGCUGUACGCGGGUGAACUGCUGGACAUCGUCGCCUCGCACUUCAACCUGAAGGAGAAGGAAUACUUCGGACUCACCUACGCAGCCGACACGUACGUUGCUUCCUACGUCAUUAACUGCGACGAGCACAAUAAAUAA